AAAUUUGAAAAGAGCAAUGUUCCCAUCAACCCAAAGCAGCCAAAACUGUUCGUUUCGCCGGGCGAGGAUCCAGCUAACCGUGACGGAAGACAGAACCAUCCGCAGAACGCGGGUCCCCAAGACCGCCGUGAGAAGGACGUGUUCUUGUCGAGCAAACCCUCGGCAGAGCUCGUUCUCCUGGUGGUGUGUGCCGUCCUCUUCUGUGUUCUCUUCACUGGACUCAUCCGUUGGGGAAUCAAGAGACGAGGGCGCGACAAACACGGCCUGACACUGACCGACCACCAGCGCCGCAUGAUGCAGUGUGUGCCGCUACACGCCAGAAAGCCGCCCGACUGGACAAUGGCGACAAUCUACGAGUGUGAAGAGACCCCGGAGGUCAGCCCAUCCCCACCAUCAACACAGAGGACUUCCUGUGUGGUAGACAUCGGGACUUCCCGACCGGACGUUCCGCACCAAGACCUUCCUCCACGACCGUCGGGUUUCCCCGAUACCAGCAGCACGGAGGGACUCUCACUACUCUCUGACCGGGCGACUUCCCAGAGUGGGACAGCCCAGGACACUUUACUGGAGGACCUGGAGGGAAGCGGCAGCAGUAGCGAAGACGACAUGUGGUCUGCCGAUGAAUGCGCCGGGCGGUACAUCCCGGAGAUCUCGAGCCCACACAGCACCAGCGUGGCGUCUACCACUCGGGAAUCAAACAACAUCUCAACGGACAGAAACCCCUGUGGCGCAGGAUGCCGGGUAGUACACGAAGACCAAGUGUUACUUCUCCCACCAAGUCACUCACAGCAACUUGAAGCUACCACAGCUCCCGGCGCAGACAGCAACAACAACAACGAGAAUACUAACGAUAACAACAGCGGCAACAACAAGAACAUACGUAGUGGUAGCACCGGCAGCAGAUUCUUGAGUUCCUUGACAGAAACAUUGCGUCAUUUCAACAGAGACUGGGUCGGCAUGAACUUGCUACAGACCCGUCCUUCAGAAAGAGAAAAUUCUGAAAGAACGAAUCAUUGUCGUGGAAGUGCUCACGAAAACUCACGGGACGCUCAACACAACUCACUCAGAGGCGGAGACGGAAGUGGCCACAGCUCUGACUUCUCCCACCAUCCUCCCCAAGCCACGCCCUCACUGUCUCACUCCACCCCCCCAACUGACACCACCACACCUCCAACUGACAUCACCACACCUCCAAUGUCUCACUUCACACCUCCAACUGACAGCACCACACCCCCAACUGACAGCACCACACCCCCAACUGACAGUACCACACCUCCAACUGACAGCACCCCGCCUCAGCCAUCUGUAGAGACGGAGAUUGUCUAUGACGACUCAUUCCCCGCACACGAAGGAACCGCUCACGAAGAUCUUUACAGCGUCGUGUUCAGAAGUCGAGCGGACCGACCGUGCACGCCCCCGCCCCAGGCCCGACACCUCCGACCGUGCAUGAGGAGAUCUAUCGAGAGGCGCAGAAUACACAGGCACUAUUCCAACCGACACCAACACAUUUACGCCAACGCCCCUCAAAGUACACACGACUCGCCGGCACAACACACUGCUCCCACCGCACCGUCUAUGAGCCAGCUUCUGCUUCACGCCUACAACCACGCCCACAGCCACGCCCAUAACCACGCCCACACCCACAGUCACGCCCACACCUACAGUCACGCCCAUAGCCACGCCCACAACCAUGCCCACACCCAGAGCCAGACUGGAGACUCUCAAGCCCCCUCUGCGGUCAUCGACGAGAGACUGACGACUGAUGACACAGUGAGGCCUCCACCACCAAACUACUCGCAGCACACGUCCCCCGGACAACAACCGUCACUCUCCCAGUCUCAGACCGCCCCUCACACGUCCUGUCAACCGUCCCUGUCCCAGUCUCAGACCGCCCCUCACAUGUCCUGUCAACCGUCCCUCUCCCAGUCUCAGACCUCCCCCCACAUGUCCUGUCAACCGUCCCUCUCCCAGUCUCAGACCGCCCCUCACAUGUCCUGUCAACCGUCCCUCUCCCAGUCUCAGACCUCCCCUCACAUGUCCUGUCAACCGUCCCUCUCCCAUUGUGAGACACAUCUCUUGCCACAUGGAGGAUGUCUAUUUGUGAGACACAUCUCUUGCCACUUGGCAAUGCAGGGUUCUGUGUUGAAUUCUCUGAUCUCAGGACCAUUGGGACAUUUAAGCAUGAUCUUUUCAAGCAUAUCUCUGGAAAGCGAAUGCCUUCAGUCACCAAGGAUGCGCCUCUUCAAAGAAAACAGGGAUUAG